AUGGUGUCGCCGCCUUCUUCCCUCUUCCAUGGCGGCCAACCAUUCUUUCCUUCUUUUUCCGCCAGCGAGUGGCGCACCCGGCCACCAGAACUCGCCUUCGGCACCAAAUACCUCUGUCUCCCUUCAUUCCCGACCAGUGUCUCGAUCGAAGCGGCCACCGAUCGUGGCGCUUCUCGCGCGACCGUUAUUCCCCGCACCAGCCACCGACAAGGCGGUGGCCUGACCGCUGUUGGCCCCAACGUUGACCUCUUAUCCCCGACGGUCAACGUCGUCGCAGAAGCCGCUGUCUUCUUCUUUGCACAAAACACCAGGUUGAGUUCCCCUUCACUGUUCACCAUUGACGCUGAUCUACCCGACGUCGACCCUAGUGGAACACCCCAAGAUUGCGUCGUCACGGAGGAACCCCAGUUCCCUCGCUCUACUUCACUCCGUCGAUUGACGCCGUCGUCGAGCUCUUCCACCGUUGAGCGGGUCUUGGGAUUAAUUGUCGGUGCCGCCAUGCGAAACCAGAGAGUGGCGAUGUCAAUCACUGCACCCGGCUCAGCUGUAUCGGAAGCAAGGGAUUGUGUUGCCUCUAGCGACAUUAUGGCGGAUGCAGUUGCGGUGUUCCCGGCGCUAACGACCUCAGGCUCCUCUACCCUUCGUUGCUCCUCCUCCUACCAUCCAUUAUCGGUCCUCUCCAGUGGCUGCAGCGGUACAGCUGCGUCGUCGUUGCCAGCUCCCUCCGCGGACGACGCGCCUUCGUCGGUGUGA